AUCCCUUUGGCAUCUGUAGUGUUAACUUUCAGGUUGUUCUUUUUCUAUCUUUUCAGGUCUCUGGAUGGCAGACUCUGAAAAGAAAUGCAGUUUUAAGAGACACCAAAGAUGCUGACGAGAAAGAUUAAGCUUUGGGACAUCAACGCCCAUAUAACCUGUCGUCUUUGCAAUGGUUACCUUAUUGAUGCUACCACUGUAACAGAAUGCUUGCAUACCUUCUGCAGGAGUUGCUUGGUAAAGUAUCUGGAGGAAAAUAACACCUGUCCCACAUGCAGAAUUGUCAUACACCAGAGCCAUCCACUACAAUAUAUUGGUCAUGACAGAACAAUGCAAGAUAUUGUUUACAAACUUGUUCCAGGUCUUCAAGAAGCGGAAAUGAGGAAGCAGAGGGAAUUCUACCACAAAUUGGGCAUGGAAGUACCAGGUGACAUCAAAGGAGAGACAUGCUCGGCCAAGCAACAUUUAGAUUCUCACCGUAACGGGGAAACAAAAGCAGAUGAGAGUACGAACAAAGAAACGUCGGAAGAGAAACAGGAAGAAGAUAAUGAUUAUCACAGAAGUGAUGAACAGGUAAGCAUCUGCUUGGAAUGCAACAGCAGCAAAUUACGUGGAUUGAAGAGAAAAUGGAUUCGCUGCUCGGCACAAGCCACAGUCUUGCAUCUAAAAAAAUUCAUUGCCAAAAAACUUAACCUUUCUUCUUUUAAUGAGCUGGAUAUAUUAUGCAAUGAAGAAAUUCUGGGCAAGGACCACACUCUCAAAUUUGUAGUUGUUACAAGAUGGAGAUUUAAGAAAGCGCCUCUACUGCUACAUUACAGACCCAAAAUGGACUUGCUGUAAGAACUAUUCUGUCCUUCUGGACGGUUUUUUUUUGCAGAGACUAUCAUCGGGCACCUUCUUCGCGCAUCACGCAAUUCACCCGUGAUACAAACCAGCAGAAUCC